AUGGGAGGUGAAGACGAUGGAAGAUUUGUAUGUGCUCAUGGAACUGUAAUGAUUCUUGCAUGGAUGAUCUUUGGAUCAACAGCUGUUCUAUUUGCACGUUAUGGUCGUAAGAUACGCUUUGGUUCAAAGGAGAAGUUAUUAGGUGAUCAAAUAUGGUUUCAAAUUCAUCGUUUCUUUGCUUGUUUAACAACAGUAUUGACUCUACUUGGAUUUUUCUUUAUUUUGAUAUAUUUAAAUGGUACAUGGGUAGGAAUCGAUGAAGGUCGUGGAUUUGUUCAUUCUAUUUUUGGUGGUAUUGUUGUCUGUUGUGCACUUAUACAAGCAUGGAUGGCACUUUUUCGUUGUCAUCCGGAUAGUACAUAUCGUUUUAUUUAUAAUUGGCUUCAUCGAUUAACUGGAAUAUUGGCUUAUUUUCUUUCGAUACCAACUAUUUUUAUUAUUAUUACAACUUUUGAUGAAAAUCAAAUUGGUAUGAUUGUUAUUCUUUCACUUUGGUCUGCCUGGAUUGUUAUAAUUGUUAUUAUUUUUGAAAUUAUUCGAAAUUUUGUUGGAAAAUCAUCUUCAAAUGUAAUGAGAACGAGAUAUGGACCUGAACUAGAUGAUCUUGAUCAAUUACCGCAUGUCAAUAUCGAAAAUGAUGAUAAUGAUAUGACACAUUGGAAUAAUCGGAUAUUAAUUUUAUUUCUAUUACAUAUUGUUGUUUCCAUUGCUCUGGCUAUUGCACUUAUUGUUCUCAUUUGGAAAUAG